UUGACCACCAAGUGGAAGUCUUCAGUGUUACCAGUUAUCGUUUGUUUACGUUGAGAAUUCAAAAUGGAAGAAAACAAUAAACAAGUAAAAGGUAUACCUAGAAUGUUAUCUGAUUAAUUUUUUAAGAAAAUUUAUGGAAGCUAAUAAAGUAUAACUGCAGAAAUAAAUCAUUGGCUGUUUCAGAUUUAGCGGCCCACGGUGACUUUGUUAAGGUUGGGCAUAGGGAUUGAUUUAGGGUUCGGGUUAGGCUUAGGGUAGAUACUUUGGUCAAAAAUGUAAACAUUUUUUAAAAAUAAACCAAUGGCACAGUUGAAUAGAGCUAAUUUUAAACAUAAUUAUAACACCAAAAUCAUAUUUUUAGCUGUUGUAGUUUUAAAGUUAUGAAUUUUUAAAGUACGACUUGGUUUGUCCUUUUUUAACAUAGACUGCAUCUCCACAUUCUGUGACCUCAUUCCGCUGAUCGCGUCAUGCGCAAUGACUAUAUAGUUUAUAUAAGGCAAUGCAUUCCCUUAUCACUAAAAUACUGUUUAGGGUCGACUUAUUUUAAACUUUCAACUUUGGCACAUGAAUAAUUAAUAAAAGCUUUCCCUGACCAAUGGUUUAAUAGCUUUUGCACACGGCAAACUCUUAUGAAUGAAACUCUGAGAUAGUACUACGACGUAGCCGUUAUGCAAGUGGCUGUGAAUGGUUGCCAAUGACAACGUGUUGCACAGGGAAAAUUCUGAUCAUUUAUAUUAUGGACUCUGCAGGGUUUUUAAAGCUCAAAUUAAAACAUUUCCAGUUUAAAUGUCUUCAAAAUGCAUUCUGAAACACAAAAUAUAAAAUAUUUUGAUGUAUAUAGUGGUAAUAAUUAAAUAUUUCCUAAGUAUCGGCAACUUCCGCCAUUAAAAAGGGGGCGUGGCCCACGCCAUGUCGAAAUUAGGCUGAGCCACCUUAUGGUGAUAUGGGUCACUGUGACAAGUGUAACAAACGUGAGACACGACCUACAUCAAUGAAACUUGGCACAGAUAUAGAUCAAUAUCUAAUGCUCAUACAGAUUUAAUAAAAAAGGACCUUAUCUUAUUAUUUCACAAAAAAUUUUGUAUGCGAAGAUGCCUUAUAUAUACCAAAGAUUUUCAAGAUAAAGGUCGAUUGAAAAAAGCAAAAUAGCUGGCUAGAAAUGUAGGCCAAGAUGUCUUCCAAAUUAUAAGGCCGGAAACGGAACUCAAAUAUAUGUGGAAAGAACUAAUUUAAUAAUAAAUAGACACACACAUCGGAAAAUUAAAAACUCUGAUUUUUCGGCGCCGACGCCCAUUUCCGAUACAAAAAAAAUAGUAGUCUCCCUUCUUUCAUCGAAGUAUCUACUUAGGGAUAGAUUUAGGGUUCAGGUUAGGCAUAGGGAUCGAUUUAAGACGUAAAAGUGCGCACAUGGAAAUAAAUGCGGGCCGUGUUCUCUGAAUUUACCAAAUCAUUAUUUAUUUUUUGUUCCAGGGGAAUCGAGCAGGCCUAAAAAUGCUAUGUUGAAGCAAAUUGGCUGCGUACAACUCGGCGGUGUAAUACUAAUAGCAAAACUAUAGAACAAUUUACCUUCUAAUUCAAUUAGAACGUAACAACAUUUUCCCAGUCAAGGGAGCUUUGGGAUUGGACUGGUAUAUCUCUAAACAUUUAAUAUUGGAUAGUGGGCACUUGAAUACAAAAUUUAAAAAAAAUUGAAAUAAUUUUUUUAAUAACUCAGUUAGUUAGAGCAAAUUUAAAAUUUAAAAAAAUGAAACCAGAAUCAACUUUUUAGCUUAAGUACUUUUUGAACUAUGAAUUUUUAAAGUGUGAGUUCGUUUGGUAUUUUUUACUAUGGACGAAACCUCCACAUCUUGUUACCUCAUUCCGCUUAUCGCGUCAUGCGCAAUGACUAUAUACUUUAUAUAAGACAACACAUCGCCUUAUCACUAAAAUACUGUUUAGGGUCGACUUAGUUUAAACUUUCACCUUUGGCACAUGAAUAAUUAAUUAAAGCUUUCCCUGACCAAUGGUAUAGUAGUUUUUGCACACGGCAAACUUUUAUGAAUGAAACUCUGAGGUAGUACUACGAUACAGCCAUUAUGCAAAUGGCUGUGAAUGGUUGCCAAUGACAACUUGUUGGGCCCAAGUUGGGGGAAUCCCAACACUGGAUUUUGGUGACAGGACCAAAAGUUGGACCUGAAUGAGAAGAAUGAAAACUUUCCGGUUCUUCACUGAACGUUAUUUGAGUCAAAAACAUAAUCUGUUAAAAUGAAAUUUUCCAUUUAGUUUUUAUUAAAAAUCAACUUACAACUUCCAAAAGAAAUAAAAAGAGAAAAUCACACUGGAAAAAAGACGCAGGCAUGGUUAAAAGGGCUGUUUCUGAUGGGUUGAAAACAAAAUACCAGAAUGCCACUCAUUUAUAUAAUUAUAAUGUCACAAUUUAAUGAGACAUUUCAACAUAAUUUAUUUUCCAUUUGUUAUACUAUACAGGUGUAUAAAAUAUCUCCAUGCGGUAUAAACCAAAUUCACAAUUUUACAUAGCUGCAAUGUCUUUUUCUUGUUUGUUUUCUAAAAUUUUACUUCCACCCACUUCAUUUAUGUUCUUCUGAACUUUGUUUCUGUCAGGGACUUGCACCUACUCUUAUUCUUAUCUUCUAUUUUAGGUAGGAUACAUGUAUAUAUAUAUAUUAUGCAAAUUUAAUUUUUACUUAUAUGAAUUUUUUUUGCACUGAUGAAGGCAUUUGCCGAAACGUUAACAUUUGUGUUCUGUAUAAUCAUUAUUAAAGCUGAAUCUAAAUUGUUUUAUUUACACAAAUUGUUUGUGUCUUGUUUAUCUACUUGAAAGCUUUAUCGCAGUACAACACUCUUAUAAUAAGUUAAUUAAGUCUUAUUAGUAAAUCCUAAUUUUUCAAAGAAGAGAUCUAAUUAGUAAAAUAGUUGCAGUGUGGAUGAUUGUGUACUAUGCUUAGGGAACUUCUCGCCCAACUCAACACUGGCCAAAUUGUUUUUGGCAUUGGCAUUAGAUGAUGAUCAGUAUUGUCAUUGAGGAUGAGGCUUUAGAUUGUUACAUUUUUUUUUAAAUGAAUCAACAUAUUUCAUUAUUUAUAUAUGCCUGGGCUUUUAUUAUUAAAAUACUGACUUUUUUUUUACCUAAACAAAAAACCGUUUAAUGAACAGUAUUUGAACAAAAAUUAAGCCCCAGCAAGCUUUUAAAUUUGACUUUGUCAUGUAUGGCAACAUUGAUUGUUGUCUAUAAGGAGUCCUCUUCUAUCAUUGAAGUUUUCUUCUUAAAGAAAACGUCAACAUCUGGUUGAAAGCAAAUCAUCAAGUAAUGAAUAAGUCCAUUUGUUAUAUUAAUUUCUUUAUUAAAUUUCAUUAAAAAAUGAAACAAAUCAUAACUAAAUAAUUAUUGGAUAUGCUUGCAUUUUGGUUUGACCAUGUGUUAUUAGUCAUCCCUGAAGGGCAAACAGUAAAUGAUUAUGGAUGCUUAAAAUAUGACCACCUGUUAAAUUAAAAAUCUUUAAAUUACAAUGCUAAAAUACAAGAUAACCUUAAUACAUUAAUAUUGCCUAAUUGGUGAUAGAAAGGGCAACAGAGCAUCAACGUAUUUCAUUAUUUAUACAUGCCUAGGGCUUUUAUUAUUCAAAUACUAACUAUUUGAUAUAUAAAUGUAUCUACAGAAAUUAGUGACUGGUCCUUUUCAUGCUAUACAAUCUCACAUAAUGAUAUAGUCGGCCGAGUCAGAAAUAGGUUAAAUAAUUUUCUUUUAAAUUAUUUCAGAUGGAGUCACAAAGAAGGCUAAGGUAUUUAAUUUUGAUACUCUGUUUGCUUCACGACCCACUGCUCAAGCUCAAGACAACAAAGAAGGUUGGAUUAGUUUUUUUGGUUUCGCUUAUUAAAUACUGCAUAAUUAGUUAAUAGCUAGACAGAGUGAGCUCUCAAGCUUGCACACAACUAACUCGUAUCUAACUCAAGCCAGCAGAGAUGUAGAAGUGAGAAGCUUUUGUAAUUCAACAACUAAAAGUGACAGUAACCCUUAACUAAAAAACUGGUAGUGACUUUAAAUAGUUAACCAAAUCUUAAUUGGCCUGGCAUGCUUAAGUCUUAUUAGUAAGUCCUCAAGGUUCAAAGCAGAGAUCUAAUUAUAAAAAAAAGUUGCAGCUGCUAGAAGUAAUUACAAAUUUUUUGUUAAGUUUAUUUCUCAAACUUGAUGGAGAAAUUGUCUGUGUGACAAAUUUUUGUGAGAAUCUCUAUAGAAAGGUUUUGCAACUGAUGAGCACCACUAAUUAAAAAAAAUCAAUCAAGAAAAACAAAAAACAAACGGAGAAACAAUUGGAUGACAAAUCUAAUCACUUUUCAAGAAUGUCUAAUUUUGAGAGUGAAUAGAUUUAUACACAGUACCGCUUUAUAUUUUUACACUUCAAUUAAGUUCAAUACAAACAUUUUUCAAAAUGAAUUAAAUAUCAGUUAUGCCAGAUAAAUACAUAAUAAUUCAGAUUUUAAAUAAUGGAUAAAGGUAGUGUGAAUCGGUUAAACUAACUUUUAAUAAAUCUAUUUAGAUAAUAUAUGUCAUUUAUGAUUUACAGAAAUUAAACCAUUUGAAGAUAGUAAUGAAAAUCAAAUGAAGAAAAACAGAAUGAUUGAACAAAGAUUGCCAGGCAACAUAAUGGAUGUUUCCUCAUCAAAAAGCAAAAGUGAUACUACAUUAGAUACUGAAUCAACUGUGUUGAAAAGUAGCAUUGAAACAGAUGAAGACAGUAGUAAUGACUACAUUGGUCCACCACUACCACCCAGCUAUAAGACAAAGUUUGAUACAAAAGCUAUAAGAACAGAUGCAUUGGUAGAAAAUAAGCAUCAGAUGCAAGAUAAAGCAGAUGAUGAUGAAGAUGAUGAUGAUACAUCUAUUGGCCCACCUCUACCUCCAGAUUUCACAUCACUUUUAUCACAAGCUAAACAAAAUGCAGAAGAAAAUGGUCCAAUGCGGAUGAGCCAAAGUACUAGAACCAAUGAAGAUGAUGAGGAUGAUGAAGCUGAAGAAGAAGAGGUACAUUUUCAAUAACUUAAUGUUUAUUGUCUAAAUACACAAUAUUAUAUAAAUUAAGCUCCUUAAGGGUAAACAAAAGUUAACCCCACAAUUUUGUUUGUUUUUUUUGUUGUUUUUUGUUGAGGCACACUUUCAAGUUGUUUAAUAUUGAUUAAAAUAUUGGUAGAGAGAUGUAAAGUCUUUGUAUUAUGAUAAAACAAAAUUUAUGUUCCAUCUCAGUUACAAAAAACCCCCACCUCUUUGCAUCUUUAGUGUCAACACUUGUUAGUUAUCAUUUAUUCUUAGUAGUUAAUUCACCAAAUUUAUUAUAUAAUGUGACAUUAAUUAAGAGGUAAAAUUUAAAUCCUUUUUAUUUAUUAAAAAAAAAGUGUGAAUAAAAAAAUAAUUCUCGUCUCAAACUGGAUGUGAAGAAAAAUCCAAUAAAAAAAAAAAAAUCAAAAUUCAAGUAAAUUUCAAGAUCCAUCCAUUGAUUUUAAACCAGCGUUACACAACCUUUUUUUUUUGCUCAAGGCCCAUGUGAACAUUUUAUUAUCUCUUAUGUCCCUUUCCUGUUAUUAAUAUAAAAAUUGUUGUUUGUAUAUAUAGAUAGUCCUUUAAAAAAAGUUUUUGUGGCCCUAUAGAUUGUCCUUUUAAAAAAAUGUUACUGUGGCCCUUCAGAAUAAUGCUGUGACCCUUGGGGGGCGGGGGCACGUUGAGAAACGCAGAUCAAAACUACGAUUAAUAUCAGCUUUGCAAUAGUAAAAAGACUAAGCACUAGUUUGAAACCAUGUUGUAUUUAGUGACUAAGCCAUUGCUUUUUACAAUCUAUUAUAAGAACAAAAAAUAAUGGUAUGUAAUGCAUACAGUGUUUUCUAAAUGCACCACUUGGUCAGAAAUAAAAUAAGUAUUAGGAGAGGCAUCAGCGUUAUUUACUCUCAUUGGGCGUCAAGUUGGCAACAGAAGAACCCUUGGGAGCAGUCUGGGGAAAAUUGACAUCCAGGGCCAUAUCCCUUUUGUAAGCCCAGACACAUGUCUUAGGUCAGGACGGCACCAAGGUGUGUCUAUCUUCUGGUUAAUGACAGAACACAAACAAAACCUCAUUAAAACUUUUCAAAUCCCAAACACUUUCCACCCGGCUCUUCAGGCAUUUCCUAUGGCCCAAAAUGAUUUUCUUCCACUCUACACAAUCUCAGGAACACUUCUUUCAAAAAAGAUUUCACAACGUUCUUCAUAAUUACUGACAUCUCACCACUUAUGACUAACAACAUCGCAUUACUACAAUAAGGAUACGGUUGAAUUGAUUAAAUAAAAAAAAAGAAUAUACUAGUUAAGAUUGGUAGAAAAUGUGCUUAUAUAUUUUGAUAAAAAUGGUUUAUAUUCUUUCUAAAUUGAUCUAACAGUAUGUUGUUGCUUGCAUCUACAGAACCCACUCAACAAAAUUCCUACAAGUCAUGAAAUUGUUCUUGAACAUGGUCAUAAAACUGUAAGUUUAAAGUAAUACAUUUUUGAAGUGGAUUUUUUAAUUUAUUUCUAUUAGAAAUGUUUGUUUGCUAACAAGCAAUUUUGCUAAUUUAGUGCUUUUUUGCACUAGAUCUUAUCUAGUUCUAUACAAACAAAAAUUAAUUUAUGGGAAAUAACAUUAAUAAGUUCAGUCCCUUGAGUUUUUUAAUCAAAUUGGUGAUUCUUUCCAAACUAGAAUUUCAACAAUUUUUGUUAAAAAAAAAGACAUAAAAAGCUGUGCUUUCUAAAAGAAUAUAACGAACAAUGGAAAAAGCGCUGAUUUUUCCUUUUACUCUUUAUUGUGAGAAGGAAGGCAAUUAAUACAAAAGACCACAGUGGUAAAAAAGCAUUUUGGAAGUGACAUACUUUAAUCACUAAAUUGCUUGAAAAUCAGUAUUUAGCUGUAACAGCAAAUGUCGCUCUGAAAAUAAAUAAGGGGAAAGGGUGGGACAGGUGUUGUGUUUGCUUUGCAUGUUGUAGAGCUGGACAAACAUCAAUUUUAAAUUAGGAAGCAGCACCCAUACACUUUUUUUGUGCACAUUUUUAAUUGAUCUGUUUACGAAUCUUUUAAAACCAUAUAAAUUAUGCAAUAUUAUACUACAUCUUUUUCAAUUAUACAUGUUAUUUAAAAAAGAAUGAUGUGCUUACAAUAAUUGUUUAGUUUAUGAAGAAUACACUGAAUAAAAUUAAAUUUUACUACAUUUACUCAAUCACAGCAUGAUUAACAACUAAAAUAAUCUUUUACAGCUCAUUACAAUCUAACUUAUUUUUGUUUCAUAAUAUUGUGCUCUACGUUAUAUUUACUAUCAAUUUUUAUUAAAAUUAUAUUCUACUUCUGCACAAAACGGUGACAGUGACAGUAUUGAAAUAAAACUAUUUAAUUUAUAAACCAGGUGUCAGCUCUAGCUUUAGAUCCCUCUGGUGCUCGACUGGUUUCAGGAAGUUUUGAUUUUGAUGUAAAGCUCUGGGACUUUGCAGGAAUGGAUGCCUCUUUGAAAUCUUUUAGAUCACUGAGACCAUGUGAAUGGUAAAAAUGAACUUUUAUCAAAUGCUGUUUCAAAUUUACCCCAAUUUAGUAAAAGAGUAGAUACAUUUGAUUUACUGUGCAAGAAGCAAGUGGUGUUUGCUGUCUUAAAUGUUCAUACCUACAUAGUGAUGGGUUAUGCUAUCCGAAUAGCGGAGCUAAGAUAGAAGCAAAUAAAAACUAGAUAAGCCUUUCAAAUACUGGUUUUUGAAUGGUGCAAAUAUUUUUCUGCUAUUUCAAACUGACUGAAACACAUCUAUAUUGCAGAAUGGUGCAUACCAUUACAUUAAUAGUCAAUAUAUUAUUGAUCUGAGGUUUGAUAAUUAGAUUAUUAAUUUUUUGAUAAAUUCUUUCAUUCUUACGAUUUUGGCGCACAAUGUACGAUUUUGAGGUGUAUAAAUUAUAUAUACAGCACUUUUUUUUUCUAUAAAGAGAAUGCAUUUAACGACUAUGUGAGGAUAUUGUACGAUUUUAAGAGUUUGAGGGUAAACAGGUCUGUUAACAGAUAAACAAAAAAGUAUACAUUUUCCAUUGUUGAAAUACCCCUGAAUAUGUUAAUCUUGACACUUUCAUAAUUACCAUUUGUUUAGCUUGUUAAAAAUUAAAGCUAUUCAAUGAAAUCAAAUGGUUUGAUGAGUAUACUUUAUUAACAUAGAAACUCUAAUUAGCCACAGGAUAUUUUCCUUUUUUCACUUGAGGAAAUGACUUUUAAUACUGAGUAAAGAAUGAGAUUAAAAAUUAAUGAAAUAAAAUUCACCGUAAUAAAGCAUUUGAGAUAAGACAACCAAAAUUUAUAAUUAUGAGCUAAUGUGGAAUUUUAUAAUGCCAGUUUUAAUACAUUUAUCUUUAGCAGGUGGAUAAAUCCUUCUUUAAAAAAAAUCUGAAAAGCUUUACCAGUUAAUAGAAAAAUGUGUAUUUAGUAAUAGGCUAUUCCCAGAAAAUGCUAUUUUUAUCCUAAUUUAUGAAAUUGGUGCACAAGAAUUAUAUAUUGUAUUGCAUAUACUUAUAUUUCUCCUUCUUCAUAUCAGUCAUCAAAUCAAAGGCCUAGAAUAUAGCACCACAGGUGAUACAUUGCUAGUAAUAGCUGGUAAUGCACAGGCCAAAAUUAUUGACAGAGAUGGCUUUGAAGUUAUGGAAUGCGUCAAGGGAGACCAAUAUCUGGUGGAUCAGGCAAGCACAAAGGUAUGUGCAUUUAUGUGCAUUUACCUGAUGGUUAGGGGUGGGGUACCAGUUUUUAGUGAAAAUGAAAACUUGUAUUUUAAAAGAAGCUUCCUUUAAAAACAUUUUUUAACACCUCUUGAUCUCUAUGUUUUUAAAACCUAAAAAAAAAAAAAAUUAUUUUGAAAAAAAUUAAAAAUUGAAGGUUGAGGCUGGGGGUGUUAUUUGAGAAAUAAAGGAAUAACUACAUUAUCAGGUAUGUUAUUGUUACUCCCUAAAAAUUUUCUGGAAUUUUGCAUGCUUCUACUUCUAUAAAAUUGAUCUUUGCAGGAAAUUCUCAAGUGCACAUUAAAAGUGGUUUAAAAUAAAUCUUGCAUAAGGUGUAAUUAGACAUGGGUUCAUUACAUAUUUUCUUAAUUAGGGAUAGCUGGUAUUGCAAUGACAAAAAUGAAAUAUUAGUUGAUUUCAGCAUUCACUUACGUAUGCCGUUAGUAAAUAAUAGAACCAACUCCCACUUGAAAACAAAUGUUUUUGUUGUGUGCUACAUUUUAGGGCCAUACUGCUUCCCUUAAUUCUGGUUGUUGGAAUCCAAAAGUGAGAGAAGAGUUCUUGACAUGUGCUAAUGACUGGUAGGAAGAAUGUUCCUUAAAUUAAUCCUUUAUUUCCAUCGGAUCAUAUAUUAAUAUUGAAAAUCAGUUAUAACAUGGGGUUUAAUCCUAAUUUAAAUUUUUAAUCAAAAUCUUUUUAAAAAAACAUAGGUAUUUAAAAAUUAAUGUGAAUGUAUUGGUAUAUGUGGAUUCUGUCUUCAGUUAAUCAGUGUUGUCCUUAUGCUAGGGCAAAGCUCAGGUACAAAUAACAAUUUAAUAAAUGAAAUAUAAGUUUUUUUCAAUUAUUUCUCUCAGUCAGAUGAAAAUUAUUUUUCUACCAUUUCAUUUUAUCACAGCACGCUUCGUCUGUGGGAUGUAAAUAAAGCCUUGAAACACAAGAAUAUCAUCAAGACAAAGUCCACUGGUGGGAGAAAGACAAUUCCAACCGCAUGCACUUACGGCAAUGAUGGUCGUUACAUUGUGGCAGGAUGCAAUGAUGGCUCCAUACAGCUGUGGGACUCCAACAAGCACUCAUUUGUGAGGGCUUUUAAAACCUGCUCCUUCUAAUUUUAACAAUUUAAUGCUAGAACAAGUGACUUGUGAUGCGAGCAAUAGGAUUCCUAAGGACUUAAUUCUUAAACACAUUAACUUAUUUACCACUGCUUUAGCUCAGAAACCCUCUUUCGUGUUUAAGGGCUUAUAAAUUGAUACUUUAAAUACCUUAGUUCAAGUAGGAUUUGAGAUCUUUUUUAGAGUUAAAAUUCAAGAAGGAAUCUAGUGUUUAAUUUUUUUCUCAUGUAGGUUAAUGUAGCCAUGCAGAACAAAUCAGCUCACAUGAAUGGAUCAGAUAUUUCAUGUCUUAGAUUUUCUUAUGACAGCCGCACAUUGGCAUCAAGAGGACGUAAGUCAUUAAAAAAUAAUUCAUAAGUGCAAUUUAGUUGAUUGUAAAUUUUAAUUGAAAUAAAUAUUUUCAUCUUGUUUAAAGUCACAAAACUUCCCUGAGUUUAUGUCAGAGAACUGCUCUAGCAUAUUAUAAAGAAAUAUCUGUUUUUAAGAAUUGACUGGAUUUUUUAAUUUUUUAUUUGUUUCAGGUGAUGACACUUUAAAGCUGUGGGACCUUAGAAAUUUUCAGAAGCCACUGAAUACAGCUGGAAAUUUGCCAAAUAGUUUUCCAAUGUAAGGAUAGUUUAGACAAGUUCAUUUUAUUUGUUCACAUUUUUUACACAACGCAUGAAAAUUAGACCCAAAUUAAUGUUUGACUUAACUCUUUCGAUGCGGAACAACGCACACUGCGUUCUUCCGCCGUUCUCAAAAGCACGGACCAACGCGCUGUGCGUUUUUUCAAUAUCAUGUUUCUUUCUUUGCUAUUUCUCGGUUAAACUUUUUAAGAGCUAUUUUUUAAUAAGACUUUUACAUAGAAGAGUGGUACUUCAUUGUUUACAAUCGAAACCAAGGCUUAUUUAUUGUCAAUUGAAGCAUUAUUUUGAUGAUUUUCUUCGCGGUUUUUUUUUUUUAACUGUUGCUAUGGCUACCCGAGGCUCUAAUAGGUAAGUUUCCUAGACGAUUAACAGUUAAAAAAGCUUUGAAAUUGUUUUAUAUUUAUUUUGACAGCAAAGAUGAUUUAUAUUUAGAUGCAUCGCAUGAGUCCGAUGGUAGUAGUUUUAGAGGAAUUGAGUUAUAGAAUUGAAGAUGAGGUAUGCGUACAUCGUUGGGUUUGGGGAAAAAUGGUUUAGCAUAAAAUGUUUUCACAUUUUAUGGUUCUUUCGUGUAACUUAUUUUUUUUAAACUGUAGAAACUAGUGUACAAAUAUAUAGUCCUUUCAAUUACCUUUCAUUUGAUACUAAGUUUAGUCUUAUAAAGCAAAGAAUAAUAUUAUAAAUAUUUUUUAAUAAACCCAACCUCUCACUCUUUUUCCGCUCUUCGAAAAAAAUGUACAUUUUUUCGAUGAAAAAAUUCCGCAGCGAAAGAGUUAAGGGAUAUUACAAAAUUCCUGAAUGCUGCUAAUAUUCAAAUGUUUCAGGACUGACUGUGUAUUUAGCCCUGAUGAUAAGCUUCUAGCUACUGGAGUGUCUUUACAGAGAAAUGAAACUGGAGGAAAGAUUGUUUUCUUAGACAGGGAGAGUCUAAGUGUUGUGAAAGAGAUGCAUGUCUCUGAAUCUGUGAGUAAAAAAAAAUAUCACAUCCAAUUUUUUUUUUUUUUUUACAAUAUUAAAAUAAGUUAUAAACUUGUAUUUAUUUAUUUUCAUUUUACUGUUGCAUUCACCAUUUUUAAGAUUGAUGCCUUACAACAACCAGGGACAGUGUAUGGCUUGAAUAAAUGAAUUAAUUUUAUUAUUAUAUCUCAAUAAUAUUUGUAAGCUUUACAGGAAAUAAGAUGUGUUUUCUUUUAAUUCAUCACUAUUAUUACCAUUAAAUGUAUUUGAAAAGCAGACAUUUAUUCCUUUCUUAUCCGUUUAUAAAAGAGCACAGUUCGCUUUUUGUGGCAUCCAAAAUUAAAUCAAAUGGUUGUUGGAUGUGGUGAUGGACAGAUCAAGCUCUACUAUGACCCAGAUAAGAGUCGCAGGUAAGUGAGAGAUUUUUUAACACCGGUACAAGUCUAAUAAGUAAAGUUUCACUCAACCAAAUUUUAAAUCCUUAUAAGGCACAUUAGGCAGUGAACUUUUAAAUGUCUUUCUUCUAGGGGAGCAAUGCUGUGCAUAGUCAAAAAGGAAAGGAAAAUUAAACAGGCUGAGAUUGUUGCUGCACAAAAUAUUAUUACACGUAAGUUAAUAAUUUUAUCCUUUUUGAAACAAAAUAAUUCAUUUUAUUUUCCCAUUGUAAUGUAAAAGUAAAAGUCACCGAAAUAUGACAUUUUAUAACACAUUCAUUGACUUGGUAUAAUAAUAAGAUAUUUUUAAAUUCUUCCACUCGUGUCUCCAGCCUAUGCCUUGCCCAUGUUUCGUCAAGGGAGACCAACAAGCACCAGGAAAUUUGAAGAGAGGGUGAGGAAAGAUCCAGUAAAAAGUCACCGCCCAGAUCUGCCAGUUUCAGGCCCAGGUAUGGUUGGUUACAAUUCUAGUAACUAAAAAUUAUUUAGGUCAGGAAAUUUAGAGCAACCGAGUUCAGGUGAUUGGAAGGUGGACAUCUGUUAUAAAUACAAAUUCACCAAUGUAAAAUGUGACCGAAUUGUUGCAGCUUUAAUUAAAAUAAUUUAAUACUCCUAUAUACAAAACACCAGGAAGCUCCUUUUAAAUAUACAUUUGCUUUUUAUUUUGAUUUAUUUAGGUACUGGUGGCCGUGUUGGUGCAAAAGGAGCAACCUUAUCUCAGUAUGUGGCCCAACAGAUUGCAUCUAGAAAAGCUGAUCCAUAUGAAAAAGAUCCCAGGGCUGCAAUCUUACGCCACGCUAAGGAGGCUGAAGAAAAUCCUUACUGGAUUAAUCCAGCUUAUAAAAAGUUUGUUUUUGUAAUUUAGAUCACUAGUUUGCAUCCAGUUAAUCACUCAGAUCUUUACUAGGGUAACUGUUUAUUCUCAAACUUAUUUUAUCAAUAAUACUGUACUUUGGUACAUACUCCGUAGGGUAUAAACCAAAUCCACAAUUUUACGUAGCUGCCAUGUCUUUUUCCCGUUUGGUUUGUUUUUUCUUUACUUCAAAUCACUUUCUGUCCAUUCUUCUUUUCUUUGUUUUUGUUUGGGUUUUGCUCCCACUCGUAUUCUUUUUUCUCUUUUUUAGGUAGUAUACAUGUGUAUGUAUGAUGUAAAUUUAAUUGAUACUUAUUUAAAUGUUUUGUUGUUAUACUGAUGAAGGCAUGUGCAGAAACGUUUACUUAUGUAUUAUGUAAAAUUAUUAAAGCUAAACAUUUAUUGUUAUAUUGACACAAAUUGUUCAUGUCCAAUUAAUUAAUCUAUUUUAAUGCUUUAAUGCAGUCCAACACUUUUUUACUUAUUUGGUGAAUUAUUUGAAAAUAACUUUUUUAAAAUUUGUUACUUCAAAAUUAUAAUUAUAAGUUGCUAAAUUUUAUCUCUCUUUGUACUUUAGCUCUCAGCCUAACCCAGUUUUCAUGCAACCAGAGGAAGAUGACAGUAAAAAAGAUGACGACGACCCAGGGCCUAUUUGGAAAAAAAAAAAACUGCAAUAAAUGAGUAUACUUGUUGACAUAAAAUGUAUUGUAAAUAUAAUGUAAUAAAAACCCCCC